AUGAAAGGCUUUAAUUCAUCUCGUAGUCUAUCUAGUGAGCUUUCCAGUCAUCUAAACCACUUUAGUCGCCUUGCCGAGCUACCUUGGGCAAAUGGUCAGCCAAUCGUCGAUCGAAUUGCUGCAGCUGCUAUCACAGCUUAUUCUAGUGGUGCAACGGAACUGCCUUCUGCUGCUUCUGCCUCCUCAUGGACCGUUCGUCUUCUCAUGCUAGCCACGCGGUUAUCUCCUUCUGGAGCCUCUUCCACGGCCUGGCUGCGCAUGGCCGAUUGGUGCUACCUUCGGGGUAGAAGACAAUCUUUUGAUUCGUCCUUUCGCUUCUAA